AUGCGAAUGACUCAUGGUAUGCCAUGCCCUUGUGAGAUUUACCGAGCACUCCAGAACAAUCUAAUCUUUGAACCGCAUCACCUACAUCAGUUUUGGACAACUCUCCGAAUCAAUUCAGAAGUCAACGUUCGUCAAGAAGAAGGAUCGAUAGAUUUGCAACAUUUUGAUAGUCUUGUUGCAGUUGUUAGGUCCAAAGAUGAUGAAUAUAUUCGAAGGGUAAAUGCUUUGCUCGAUCCUCAUGCCUACCCGAAUCAAGGAGAAUAUGGAGAACUGGAUGUGAAUGAAUCACGUAGAGGUCGACCUGCGAGCAGAGCCUUUACGAAUCGUAACUUGUCUUCGUGGGAGAUCAGUUGUCUCGACACCACUCAAGGGGUUAAGAGUUCAUCACAUAGUUUCUCUCAUGGUCAUAGUUCUUCACGUGGUCGUAGUUCCUCACGUGGGCGUGGUUCCUCAUAUGGGCGUGGUCGCGGGACAACGAAUUUCCAAAACAUUCAAGGUGGUGGUCGAGAUGCAGUUCUUCUUUGGGAGAAUUUUCAUAAGAUUCCUCAGUUUAUUUUGCCAUAUGUCGAAGGGUAUUUGGACGUUGUUGGCGACGGCAAUUGUGGUUUCCGUGUUAUAGCCGAUUGUGUUUUGAAUGAUCAAAAUCAAUGGAUGGAUAUAAGAAGGCAAGUGAUUGAUGAAUUACUUUCGUUCCCUAAAGUGUAUGAAAAAGUGGGGUUUAUGGAUGUGAGCAAAGAAGUUUCCCGCAUAAGGCAUGAAAGGAAUAGUGGUUGUGGUAUCGAUCAUUACAUGGUUAUGCUUGAUGACUUGUUUCCCAUUGCCACCUUAUUUAAUGCGGCUAUAAUUUGUCUAACCUAUAAUGAAUGGGACUUGACGUGGGCAAACUCUGCUUGUACUGUGUUGCCGAUGCGGAAUACAAAUGGAAAAGCAUGUCCGGAGAGGGAGAUCACCAUCCUCUGCAUUGGGAAUCACUUUGUUAGGUUACAUCUAAGUUCAUAUUCUCCCACAAAGUACAAGGAUCCUAGUGUAGAAGGUUUUGAUCUACUAUAUUGCGCUAGAAUCUUUGAGUGGAGGAAACUUUCUGGCAACAUUGGGGACAUGAGGCAGUAUCAUGUGGACUUGACAAACGAUUGUUAA